UUCUUUUUUUUUUUUUUUUUCGUUUCCUUUUCUCUAUUAUAGAAUCAUGGUUAUCAUUAGUUCAAACCAAAGGAAGCCACUAUUACUAUCGACCCUAUUUCUCGUUUUCUGUUUAAUUUUCUUUUUUUGGCCCUUAAAAAUGAUGAAUAACAACCCCUUAGAGCCAGUUGCCUCUUACACGCCUUUAAUCCAACAUCCCAAUUUACCCGAUCCAAAUAAACCACCUGCAUGGCAAAACACCACUCGUGCUAAAGCGGCCUUUGUCAUCUUAACUCGUAAUGAGGAACUUGACGCUCUUCGAAGAUCCAUUCAACAAUUAGAAGCAAGAUUCAAUCAUAAAUUUAAUUACCCCUACGUAUUUUUAAAUGAUGUCGAAUUUACUCCAGAAUUUAAAGAAUUAACUUCGAGUUUAACGAAUGCAGAAACAAAAUAUGGUCUUAUUCCAAAGGAACAUUGGAGUUACCCAGCAUGGAUAGAUAUUGAAAAAGCAGAUAGACUACGAAAAAAAAUGGGAGAAGACGGUGUUAUUUACGGUGGUAGUCUUUCUUAUCGACAUAUGUGCAGAUUCGAAAGUGGAUUCUUUUAUAGACAUCCUUUAAUGGAAGAAUAUGAAUAUUAUUGGCGUGUUGAACCAGGUGUCGAAUUUUAUUGCGAUAUCGAUUAUGAUCCCUUUUUGUAUAUGAAGGAAAACAACAAAAAGUAUGGUUGGACGAUUUCAUUAAUUGAAUUUGAAGAAACUAUUCCAACUUUAUGGGAAACAACAAAAAAGUUUAUAAAGGAACAUUCAGACAUGAUUCCUAAAAAGAAUCUAAUCGACUUUAUUUCCAAUGAUAAUGGUCAUAGCUAUAAUCUAUGUCAUUUCUGGAGUAAUUUUGAAAUUGGGGAUUUAAAGUUUUUAAGAAGUCCUGAAUAUUCUGCCUUUUUUGAUUAUUUAGACAAGUCAGGUGGAUUCUUCUAUGAAAGAUGGGGAGAUGCACCUGUACACACUAUUGCUGUUAAUCUCUUUUUAAACAAGUCACAAGUUCAUUUCUUUAAUGACAUUGGAUAUAAACAUGAACCUUUCAUGCAUUGUCCUGUUGUACGAGAAUUACAAAAGAAGUGUCAUUGUAAUGCAGAAGAUAAUUUUGAUCUUACACCUAAUUCUUGUUUGCGUAGAUGGAUUGAAAUUUCAUAAUAAAGAACAGCUUAACUCUAUUUGUAGCCAUAUAUAGGCAAUACAUAUUAUUUUAAAUAGAGUAAAGGAUAUCGUGUCUAAGAGAUUAAUGGUUAGUUAGUUAGUAGAAGGGAAUGGAAAGAGAGAGAGAGAGAGAGUUUAUAUAAAAUUGGUUACAAUGAC